AACUUAUAGUCCUCCGUAGGUUUGCGAAUGGCAGUAGCACAGUUGGCAACCUUGGUAACGAGUGACAUUUCGUAGCACCGUAGCAGGUGAAGUGUUUCUAAUUUAAUUAAAUUAGUUUUUUCGCAAUUUUCUCAAAAUGGGUCGUAUGCACGCCCCUGGGAAGGGUAUCGCCCAGUCAGCUUUGCCCUAUAGACGUAGCGUUCCCACGUGGUUAAAAGUCACUCCAGAUGAAGUCAAAGACUACAUUUUCAAACUGGGCAAGAAAGGUUUGACCCCUUCACAAAUAGGUGUCACACUCAGGGAUUCUCAUGGAGUGGCUCAAGUUCGGUUCGUAACAGGCAAUAAAAUCCUGCGAAUUAUGAAAGCUAUGGGUCUUGCGCCUGAUUUACCCGAAGAUUUGUAUUAUUUGAUUAAGAAAGCAGUGGCUAUUCGUAAACAUUUGGAACGUAAUCGCAAGGAUAAAGACAGCAAGUUCCGGUUGAUUUUGGUAGAGUCGAGGAUACACAGACUUGCAAGAUACUACAAGACAAAGAAUGUUUUGGCCCCAAACUGGAAGUAUGAGUCAAGUACAGCAUCGGCGUUAGUAGCUUAAUUUUAAGGCGUUUUAAAUGAAUAAAAAAAACUGGCAAAAUG